AUGAAUAUUCAGUGCCACUUUGAUACUGGAAGUGCCUAUCGUUGUGUUGUAUUUGACAAGGAAAUACCCGAAAAUGGGGAAUUUAACCUAAUUGGGACUCAUUACAACGGAAGGACACACGAUGAAGUAAAAGAAAUUUUAUUUAACAAUUGUCAGAUCACAAAAAUUCCGCAAGGAUUGACAAAAACAUUUCCAAAUCUAAACAUCAUUAACAUUUAUCACUCGAACUUGAAAAACUUAGUAAAGGCUGACUUGGAAGAAUACAAAAAUAUCAAAAAAUUUACUGUUUUCGAUGAUCUGAUCGACAUUGUGCCUGGUGACUUGUUUGAGAACUGCAAAAAAUUGGAGAAAAUAGUAAUGAAUUUCAAAUCGUUGACCGUAGUUGAGCCUGACAUUUUGGAUCGACUUGAUAAGCUCAAAUAUGUUGACAUGUCAGAAUAUGGAUUUUAUGAUUCAGCUACAAGUAAUCCGAGCGCAUCAACAAACUUGGAUCAGAUUAAAACGAAUCUUUUUGAUAGAUUUUUUAAACACGACGAAGUUUUUAUUAAAAAUUUUGUUCGCAGGCUUCAGAGGAAGGUUCAUUAUCAACCUCGCUUUAUACCUGUACCCAGACCAGGACAGACAGUUGAAGAACACAUCAAAUUACAAAAUGAAUUUUACAGCGACAUUAAAGCUUUUACUCUAGACGACACCACUAAGGACUUCCAGAUUCAAAUCGACAAACAUGACUUUCCAGUCCACAAAUUCCUGCUCGCAGCUCGAAGUCCAACUCUGGCUGAAUUGCUUAAAAACAACCCUGAAGUUGAAAAUCUUAAUCUUGUUGACAUUUCUGUGGAAAUUUUUGAGAUAAUUCUCAAAUUUCUCUACACUGAUGAACUUCCAGGCGACGACGAGACAAACUUUUUACAUCUUUUUGCUGCUGCUGGGAAGCUGAAGAUCAAAAAAUUGAUGAACUUCGCUGCAAAUAAGCUGAAUGACAUGAUUGAUGAAGAGAAUGUUCUUGAAAUAUUUAAAAUCGCCUGCAAAUACGAACAGCAGGAACUGAAGCAAAAAGCUUUUGGAUUAAUAAAAGAAAAAUAUCCUAAAAGUAAAUUUAAGGACGAAUGGAUUGACGAUGCUGAAAAAGUUGAAAAGCUGAUUGAAUUUUUGAAGAAAAUGGAAGAAAUGGAAAAGAGUUUUGAGGACAUGAUGUGA